CAGAAGAAAACCAAUCAGUGUCAAAUAUAGCAGAAACAUCUGUCCGCAUGUAAAUUUCUGUAAAAUUUUGCAAUGUGAACCUCAUAUUUGUAUCUGAAUAAAUAUCUAUUUUCGUUUUUGUAGAAUUUGUCCAAUAUGUUUCUUUACACUUGACACGUUUGAAUAUUUUUUUUUUUUUUUUUUUUAGUAUGCAUAUUCCACAACACUUUAGUUAUAAAUGGAAUGCACCUUUUCCGAAUUAGUUUUCUUUGAUGUACCGCUGCUAUUUCCCAAUUUUGUCAAACAACCUUGACUGUAACAUUAUUACCACUAAAACAGCAUCUUCACAUGUCUUCACAAGUUGAAAAUUUAUACGCACACCAAAAUAAUGAUGCUAAAUAUGAUCUUAAAGUAAAAACAUCAAAAUUCUAAAACUUUCAAAUACAUGCAAUUCGGAAAACAUGUAUAUAUUGAUAAUUAUUAUUUAUUGAUAAUUAUUAAUUAUUAAUUAUUAUUUUAUUUUUUAUGCCAUGAUAUUUUUUUUCAGUUGCGGGGGCAAUCUGUUAAUGAAUAUUGGACCUACUGCUGAUGGUAGAAUAAUUCCUAUCUAUGAAGAAAGGUUGAGGGAUAUGGGUAAAUGGUUGAAAAUAAAUGGUGAAGCUAUAUAUGGUACAAGACCAUGGAGGAUACAAAAGGAUCCAACCGGUUGGAAAGUAUGGUACACUACUAAAUUCAAUCGAGUUUAUGCACACAUGUGCCGGUGGCCGAAAAACCGAUAUUUAAGAAUACGUUCACCAAUAGCAACAACAAUAACAAAGGUGAAGUUGCUAGGGUAUGAUGGUGACGUCAAAUGGGAGAAACAAAAUCCUGGACUAAAAAUUGACCUGCAUCAAAUUCCAGCAGGAGAAUUGCCUAGUAAUAAAGCUUGGGUGUUUGUGUUAGAAAAUGUAAAAUAGGUUAGCUUUAUAUUUAUUAACCAAUUUUAUACAAUUCUAAGCAAUUUUCACCUUCACUGCAAUCCUCCAUAGAAUAUAUUGAGACUCUACCGACUGUGCCGAAUUAGCAAGAAAAAUAUCGAAAAAGUUAAAUUAUCUCAAUAUUUUUG